CCCUCGUCUCUGCUGUUGCUUUACUGAGUAGACCGACUGGUUUAGCGAAUCGAGCACGAGUGAGAACGGGCGGGAAAGUAGAUCUACCCACUGCUCGGGAGCGAGACGAGUGAGCUAGACAAAGGCGAGUGGCUUGAUGAGCGGCAUGAAGCAUCUUGGAUGGAAACUGGUCCAAACGGUUUGAAUUUCUUGCGAGUCAAGAUUAUCACAAAUUAUGGACGUGGGCUUCGGCGCCCCCUUCCCGCCUCCACGGCGGCGGAGGCACGAGAACUGGGUUUUCGUUCGCUUGUUUUGCCUGUCUGGGCUUUUUCUCGUCGACGUCCAAACAACCGAUGCGUUCCUGCUUUUGAAGAAUGCACGCGGGAAAUCUUUUCGUGGGCAGGAAAAGCAGGAGCCGGCGGCCGCAGCCGCAGCUUCCACCGCAGCUGCUGGCUCUACAGGCAGUGCCGGCAGUGUCGGAAGUAUGGGCAGCUUCGGCAGCGCGGUCGGCAGUGUCGGAAGCUUGGGCAGCCUGGGGAGUGUUGGGAGCAUGGGCAGCAUCGGCAGUAUGGGUAGCGUCGGCAGCUGGGGAAGUUUUAGUGCGCCGGGAAGUUUCUCCGAACCCUUUCCGGAAUUAGGGCCGACACCGCCGAUUUCCUACGACAAAGCGCUGGCUGUCUACGAACAGUCGCUCAGCGGCGCGGGUGCGGGGUCGGGAUCUGCCGCGGGAAGUGCGGUGGCUUCGCCGGAUGACGUUUGUGCCCAGCUGGGAGAGAAGGCCACGAAGGACUUUCCGGACGCCGGGGUCUCGUGCACGGAAUAUCGGUAUGUAGGAGAGAACGCAGAGUCCUUAUUGACAAAAGCGUUUGAAUUUGAUGGUCCCUGCUACCAUGCUGUACCUGUAUGACACAGUGCAGUCCUGCUUUUUUCUAGAACGCGUUCUUUUGACGUCGGAACUUCUCCUCACGUCUCCGUAUCAAAACCCCAACAGGGCUUUCAUUGGUGGGUUCGCCGAGGGGCUGUCCGAAAAAGUGUCGCCCAACGGGUGCAGGUGCGUGACCAAAACUGGCGCCUGUCCGUACGAGACCUGUACCGGCAUUGACGCUUUCAACACGUGCCUCGGGGACACCGCGAAAACACUUGGACUCGCGUCCUUUUCCAAAUUGACCAUCUCCGCACCCGCAUUGACGACGAGUUGCAUCUACCUGAAGGCGCAGCCCAUCCACCUCAACGCACCGGGCUGCGAUGCAGUCCCAGGCUCGAAGCCGUGUGGCGUGCCGCAAAUGAGUGGAAGCGCAGUGGGGAGUGCGGGGGCGAUGAAAGGUGCUGUUUGAUCGAGCUGCUCGUGCUGCUGUCCUCGGGUGAGUUAGUAAGUAGAUGAUCACGCCCUUUGGAUCAUUCCUGCGGUUUGGUUAUCCAAAUCUCACCUUGAGACGUUGCAGCUUAUAUCAUGUUGUUUUUUCCCGAAUGAACCUUUAAGUUUGAUGCCUAAUGUGGAAUCUGUAGAAGAGAAAUGGAG